AUGCUGUGGGGGGUGGGCCUGGCGGCGCCCCGCUCCUGCGUGGCGGACCUGAGCCGCAACCGCAGCCUGUCGCUGGGGUGGUGCGCGGGGCCCGAGGAGCCGCCGCCCGCCCUCUAUGGGGGCGAGAUCGUCGCCUUCCCGCUGGCGGGCGGGGGCGCGGGCGGCACCAUGGCGGCGCUGGGCUCCGACUCCUGGUGGAAGAAGACGCUGUACCUGACGGGCGGCGCCCUGCUGGCCGCCGCCGCCUACCUGCUGCACGAGCUGCUGGCCAUACGGAAAGAGGAAGAGCUUGAUUCGAAAGAUGCUAUCAUACUGCAUCAGUUUUCAAGGCCUAACAAUGGUGUUCCAAGUUUAUCUCCGUUCUGUCUGAAAAUGGAAACUUACUUAAGGAUGGCUGAUCUACCCUACCAGAACUAUUUUGAUGGAAAACUUUCCCCUCAAGGGAAAAUGCCUUGGAUUGAAUACAAUCACAAGAAAGUAUCUGGCACUGAGUUCAUUAUUGACUUUUUGGAAGAGAAACUUGGAGUGAAUUUAAAUAAACACCUUGGUCCGCAUGAAAGAGCUGUUUCCAGAGCUGUGACAAAAAUGGUGGAGGAGCACUUCUACUGGACUUUAGCUUAUUGCCAAUGGGUGGAAAAUCUUCAUGAGACGCAAAAGAUGGUUUCACUUUUUGGCCCCUUCAGCGACUUGCUGAAGUGGAUCCUCUGCCAUCUGACCAAAGGGAUCGUGAAGCGGGAAAUGUAUGGCCAUGGCAUUGGCCGCUUCUCGGAGGAGGAGAUGUACACGCUGAUGGAGAAGGACAUGCGAACUCUAGCAGGCCUCCUGGGUGACAAGAAGUACAUUAUGGGACCAAACGUUUCCACUGUGGAUGCCACUGUCUUUGGGCAUCUGGCACAGGCAAUGUGGACACUACCAGGGACUCGACCAGAGAGACUGAUCAAAGGUGAACUGAUUAACCUUGCUAUGUAUUGUGAAAGAAUAAGGAGGAAAUUUUGGCCAGAAUGGCACCAUGAUGAUGAUAACACUCUGUAUGAAUCUGAGGAAAGCAGCGAAGCAAGCAAGACUUACUCCCCUUUGCAGGACUUCAGUUUUUAUUCAAGGACAGAAACAUUUGAUGAGGAAGGGAACAGUAUUUCUCAAACCCCUGAUACAGAUUACACUGGGCACUCCCUCUUUGAUUCGGAUGUGGACAUGGAUGACUACAGAGAUCAUGAACAAUGCAAGUGA